AUGAUUCAAUCGGCAUAUACUCUCGAGACCCACGUGCCUCUCCUCGUUAGGACUUCCAGAGUUGCCUCUUCUUCUUCCUCAAAUUUUCCUCUAAACACAUCUUUGAAAGCCCGGAUAGCAGACCAAGAUGCAGAGUUGUUGGGGACAAGGAAGAAGAGGCGGAACAGUAUUCAGACAAGAGCUGAGCUUCGUGUGAAUCCACUGCUGCAGACGGAAAGCCCGACUCUUGUCGAAUUGCAGAGAUUACCGAAGUGGUCGGAAGUGGUACAGAGAAACAGCCCAACAGCUUCUCCGAAAGAGAGUUUAGGUGAGGAGUGGAGAAAAUACCAGGGCUCGAAUAACUGGGAGGGACUUCUGGAGCCUUUAAGCCCGAAGCUCAGGCGAGAGAUUCUGAAAUACGGGGAAUUCGCCCAGGCGACCUACGACGCCUUCGACUUCGAUCCGCACUCCAAAUACUGUGGCAGUUGCAGAUACAACCGGCAAAGAAUGCUGGAGAAACUGCACCUCCACAACAGUGGUUACCGGGUCAGCAAGUAUCUUUACGCCAUGUCUGACGUGCACAUGCCCAAGUUCUUCGGGCGGUCGGAUUCCAUGGACCUGUGGAGCAAGGACUCCAAUUGGAUGGGCUACGUGGCAGUGAGCACCGAUGAAGACGAGAUCAAGCGUCUUGGGAGGCGUGACAUAAUGGUUGCAUGGCGUGGCACUGUUACUCAACUGGAAUGGAUGGAGAAUCUGCGUGAUAUUCUUCACCCAAUCGGUGACCUCGGCUGUUCCGAGUGCACCGCUAUUAAGGUGGAGCGUGGGUUUCUCAGUAUUUAUACUUCUAAAAAUUACGCCACCCGUUAUAACAAGCACAGCGCCUCAGAACAAGUGAUGGACGAGAUACGCCGCUUGGUGGCGCUCUACACGGAGCUCGGCGAAGAGGUGAGCAUUAGUAUCUGUGGGCAUAGCCUCGGUGGUGCCCUAGCGCUUCUUAACGCCUUUGAAAUAGCCGCUAAAGGAGUAAAUGUGCAUGCAAAUGAUCCGACUCGAAAAGUUCCCGUUACCGUCUUCUCGUUCGGGGCUCCACGGGUGGGCAACGGUGCUUUCAAGGAGACAUUGGAGGAGCUCGGUGUGAAGGUUCUACGUGUUGUGGGUAGGCAAGACGUGGUACCCAAAAUGCCCGGCAUUUUGUUCAACGAAGGAAUGGAGAAAUAUGAGAAACUGAUCGGGGAUGUGUUGGAAUUUUGCCCUUGGACAUACAAACAUGUUGGGGUUGAACUGGUAUUGGACCUCAAGAAAUCUCCGUUUUUGAAGAAUAAUCCUGAUUUGGCUGGGUGCCAUAAUUUGGAGGUUUACUUGCAUUUGCUGGAUGGAUUUGAAAGCUCGUCUGCAAUGUUUCGAGCUAAAGCUCGACGUGAUGCGGCGUUGGUUAACAAGGCCUCUGAUAUGCUGUGCAAAGAGUUGAUAGUGCCGGCCAAUUGGUAUCAGAUGGAAAAUAAAGGACUGGUGCGCAAUGGGUAUGGAAGGUGGGUGCAACCUGAGCGAGAUGUCGAUCAUGUGCCCUCUCCACAUGGCUGGGGGCUCUUCUCUGGUUGA